AUGCCAGCUAUCGAAGAUAUCGUAAAUUUGAAGAGUUCCAAUGAGGAAGAGAGUCUAUUAACCCAAACAGAUUUUGGGGAUAAUAUAGAUCCCUGUCAAGUGUUGACAGAAAAUGAAAUUUAUAGUAAACAAGGUGAUGAAUAUCUUCGAAAGUUUCACGAUGAAUGUGGUGACUUAAAAGUGAAUUCAGAAGAUGCAGAUGAUCAAUUGGAUAAUUUAGAAUUACAAUUGAAAACACAAAGAAUGACAGAACUUAUUGGUGACCAUAAUGGCAUGCUAACGGAUCGUAAUGAAGUUAUCCCACCUGAGAAUUUUAGUCAUGUAAUUGGUGAAAUAUAUAGGAGCAGUUUCCCACGGAUAGAGAAUUUCAGUUUUCUGCAGAAGAGAUUAAAAUUAAAGUCCAUAUUGGUACUGAUACCUGAAGAAUAUCCACAAGAGAACCUCGAAUUUCUGAAUAAAGCAAAUAUUAAACUUUUCCAGGUAGGCAUGAGUGGCAACAAAGAACCAUUUGUCAAUAUACCGUCUGAUUUAUUCACUAAAGCAUUAGAAAUUGUGAUUAAUCCAGAAAACCAACCAAUACUGAUACAUUGUAAUAGAGGUAAACAUAGAACUGGAUGUUUAAUUGGGUGUAUCAGAAAACUUCAGAACUGGUCAUUGACAAUGAUAUUUGAUGAAUACCGAAGGUUUUCAUUUCCAAAAGCUCGUGCAUUAGAUCAACAAUUCAUCGAAUUGUAUGAUGAUAAAUAUAUAAAAGAAGUUGCCACUAAGAAUUCAUGGUUACCUUUAAAAUGGUAA